UUAUUUUGUUUCAAACAUUACUGCCCCAAAGUGUUCGAAAUUAUUCAAUUUCAUCAUCCAGUGGAAUGCACGAAUUAAUUGCUCAACCUUUUCGUUCUAGUCCUAUUUGCAACAGUUCUACCUCCAAAGUCAUCAAGCUUUGUUUUACACUCCACGUAGUUUAAUAUUUUGGAUACUUGUGGAUUUUACUCGGUUUACGACGAUGCUGUUCUUAGUUCAUCCAAGGGUUACUAUAUUGGUUAAUAAUUCAACGUAAGAAGAAAAAAAAAGAUAUUUUCAACAAAUGCCAUAGUGGAUUAUUUUCUUUCCAGUUUUUUUUCACUCUAAUCACUUCUAAGGAUAUCUGUGUACGACUUUCAAGAUGAAGUUCAGCAAGCACCGGCAAUUCGUUUUACAUGUAUCAAUUUCCAAGCGGAAAAGCAAGUGUUACUAAAAAUUGUCUGUGUGUUUUUUUUUUCGGAGCCCCGCCCUUGGGUUUUAUUUUUUACCCCCUGGCUCUCUAAAGUGUCCUCCAGUUGAGCGAAAAAGGGGCUCUCGAUGUCUGCACCUCGGAUGAGGAACCAGCGACUAAACACACCCGGGUAGAAGCAUUCCUCCUUUUUGUGGAGGAUAGAAAGUGAUCCCGCCCUCCAACGGAGCCUUCCCGGAGCACCCUCGCACAACAAUCCAGAGCCGGAUGAGGUCGUGGUGGUGUUGAAAACAGCAGAGACCACGGGAAUGUGCACUCCUUGCUUGCGGUGGCGUGACAACGGGGGCCAAUGAAAGACAACUCGCUGGAUGGCCACCGUGGAAAGGUGGCUCUAUCCGACACCACGAGGAACACCAGCGCGCCACAGAGCAGCAUCUCCUCGGCCUCGAGCAUAGUCAAGUGCGACCUGAAGACACCCCCCGGCACGACGGGUACCGCGAACGACGGCAGCGCAGCGACCAAUUUUGACGAUGACUACAACGAGUGGGAACUGGGCAUCGGAGACUUGAUCAUAGACCUAGACGCGGACAUCGAGAAAACGAACGGCGGAGGGCCGCAGCAGGGCAUUCCCACUUCGCACCACAGCCACCAUCACAGUCACCACCACCACCACCAUCAUCAUCACCACAGCAGCAACCAUCACCAAAACGGCACCGCCUCCUCUUCGGUCAACCCUGGAAGCGGCGUCGACUCUUCCCCCAGCGCAUCGGCCCCGGCGACUACCUUCAACUUUCUGGGAUCGUCUCAGCCUCCUUCCAGCAACUUGGCGGCAGCCAUGUCAAAUUCUAAGUCGCCUCGCAUAACUGGUAAUAGUGGCAGCGGAUCAGGAGCUUCUUCGGUUUCGGGUACGGGAACAACCGGCGGGAGCGCGAAUUCUUCCGGUUCUGGGACAUUUGAGCAUCAGGCCACCGUGGACAAAGGCCUGAAGAUGAAAAUCAAACGCAAGACUGUCGGGAAUAAGUAUUCCGAAGCUAAGCACGAAAUUGUGCAGUCCGACACGAAAUCUGCGACGUCGUCGUCGCAGUCUUCGUCCGAAAAUUCUUCUAACAGUAGCAAUAAUUGCUCCAGCAAUGCAUCGGGUUCCAAUUCGCCUGCUGCGAGUUCCGAAACUCCAAAAUCGAAGCACUCUUCGAGUAAGGGUAGGAACAGCAGUCACCGCGAAAAGAAGGAGAAAAACAGGGACAAAGACAAAAGUUCGAGUGCGCGGAACAAUGUUGUGAAUUCGAACAGUGCGAGUGUUACUGCAUCGGAUGUGAACGGUGUUGGUGUUUUGGGUGUGAUGUCUCCCAUCAAAAUCACCAAUAGCGGUGUCAGUUUGUCAAGUCCUGCACCGCCACCCUUGAGUACGAACUCUUCCCCUCUCCCUUCGAACACUUCGGUUCCCUCGCCGAGCAUGUCUCGGAGCGUGGCUAACUCUCCAGCUGGAUUGGUGCCCCAGGACUCAGCCAUCCAGCAGGUGGUGACGGGGCCUGCGCCCCUGAUAGGGCAACAGGUCCCUUCUCAGGGCCCUACCUCAAGCUCUCCUCCCAUGCCGAACUUGACUCUCAAGUUGGAGAGUAAGUUCACGCCUAGUCCUCUGCCAGCAGUAGUCAUCAAGCAGGAAGAACGCCCCUCUUCGCCACCUUUGAAGAAGAUCAAACUGGAACCAACGGAAAAGAGCGAAGAGGUGGAAUGUCCUGGCUCGCCGGAGUCUCCCGAGAUGAAGGACACGAGCACGUGCACCUCCGUGGGCACCAUCACGGAGCCCGAUUGUCUGGGCCCCUGUGAGCCUGGGACGAGUGUGAUGCUCGAGGGCAUUGUCUGGCAGGAAACGGAAGGAGGUGUCUUGGUAGUGAAUGUUACUUGGAGAGGAAAGACUUACGUUGGCACCUUAUUAGAUUGUACAAAGCAUGACUGGGCACCUCCUAGAUUCUGUGAAUCUCCAACCAGUGAUGUGGACUCUAAAACAUCUAAAGGUCGCGGAAAGCGUGGAAGAGGUGGCAAUAACAGUUCUAAUGACAUAAACACAUUCGCUGAUGCGAGGAAUUGCGUUCAGAGUAAAUUACGCAACGGAAAGGGCAGGCGAACUACCUUAAACAGUAAUGCAUCUAGUUCAGGCUUCACUGUUCCGAAUAGUCCGGCUAAAAGUGAAAACGGAAGCACUAGUAGCAAAAGGAAAGGUCGUCCCGCAGACCUAGAGAUAAGUACUCCUCCUGUGGACAAUAACAAUAAAUCUUCAAAGAGGAGUAGGACUCAAAAUCGUUCAACGCCUACCUCUUCUGCACCAGCAGAGUUUCCCCAACCGUCCUCUCCAGUGUUGAUUGUUUGUCCGGAACCUAACUGCAACAAAAAGUACAAACAUAUCAAUGGUCUUAGGUAUCAUCAAACACAUGCACACAGUGCAUCCGACAGCAGUAAAAUGGAUGAUACGACUACAGAGGACAGUAAAGAUGUGACAAACAGUUCCGAUAAUGAAGAAAGUAUGCAGGAAAGUGCUAGUGUUUCAACUAGCCCUGCACCUUCGUUCUCAAACUCUGUUCCUUCUCAUCCCACUACUGAAAAAAUAAUGCUAAACGAUACAGCAUUGUCUUCCUCUUCUUCUAAUAUGAACAGUCUUCCUGAAAAUGAUCUCUUCAAUUUAACAACGGAUCUAUCAACCUUAGCCUCCGUAGCUAUUAGUGAUUCAAAAGCUGAGCAGAAAAGCUCUAGGCCUGUCCCUGUUCCGUUGCAUCCUGCUGUACCUCAAGAAAUGCCAGUAGUCAAUUCAGAUGGAGAUGACACUGUUCCUCCGUCAGGACUUCCAGUUUCAAACCCAUCACCUACCGCUACAUCAGUUUCUUCUUCUGUAUUACCUGUUGCAUCACUUUCGCCAUCAAGUGGAACAGGUCUAUCCACGCCUGUUUCCGCAGUCACUACUUCUGUGAUUCAAUCUUCCAGUUCUGUAGAUAGCACACCUAUAUCUCAAGCUGUUACUGUGAGCAUUCCGGCAUCUCACGUUAUUUUUAAUCAGGGAUUACCAAGUUCUAGUAACGCAACCACGUGUUACACUGCUUCGAGCGUUGUCUGCAAUAAUUCCAAUCCUUUAUCACCGUCGAGAAGCAGUUUACCUCCUUCAAAUGUUACUUCCACGUUUGCUUCAAUUUCUUCUAUAUCAAGCACAUCUGCUACAAGUCCUUCUGCUAUUUCUGCAAUAGAUAAAAAUAAAAUAAAGCAAGAAAGACCCGACAAAUACAAACCAAAAUCACCAGUUGCAACGCCUGCUAUUAGGCCAAUAGUACCUGCACCAACUCCUCUUCAUACCCUACCCGGAACCGUGCCGGGCUCGCAUAAUGCUAUGGGACUAAAUAAUCAUGGCGUUAUUGGUUCUCCAUUGAAGCCUAUACAGCCUAAACCAACUACUUUAGGCGAACCAACAGUAGUCAAUCCUGCUUUAGAGGGUUUGAAGAAGGAGAAAAGUAAGCAUAAAAAGAAAAGUAAAGAUAAAGACAGAGACAAAAAAUUACCCCCAUUACCUUUAACGCCGACAAAACUUAAUAUGAAUUCUAACGAAGAGUGCGAAGCGAUAGAAUUAACAUCGUAUCCAAGCUUAGAAGCCGUGUCUGAACCAACCCUGCCACUUUCUGGGACAGCUCACAAUGCGCUAUCAUCACCACUUGUUGCAGCAAAACCCCCGGAUGCUGCGAUGGAGAUAGGCAUACCAGACGACAGCAUCAAUGAGAACAUUCAAAGCCCUGCAUAUUCUGAUAUUUCCGACGCAAACGAUACUGCACCAGUAUUAGAGUCGGAAGUGCCGGCUGGAAAAGAGAAAGAGGAUAAGGUCGGUAAAACUACGCCCGAUGCAUCUCAGUCACCUGCUGCAAAUAUAAGUGCAUAUGGAAUGUACCCAUAUUAUAGUCAGCCGCCUUAUCUUAUACCGUCAGUAUCUCCGCAAAGUGCUGUGUCUGGUUCCCAAGGACCACCUGUUGUCGAGAAAAGCGAGAUUAGUAAGAAAACUGAACAAGAAAGGGUCAAAGAAAGUAGGCCCUGGAGUAAUCCUAGUGGAGAGUCGCGAGAACGACCUCACAUAGAACACCAUGAAUCGGAGAAAAAGCCGAGAGAAGAAAGUGCUCCUAUCCCUAACGCAAUUCCGUCACCAGCUGCUCCUGGUGGUCCAGUUCAGGAUUAUCCUAUUCAGCAACAUUAUCCUUAUCCAUAUGGCUAUGUACAAGGCUAUCCUUACCCAAUAGAACCUUCCUCUUAUCACAUGCAUAUGCUAGAAUCUGACCCACAUUAUAAGCAACAAUAUAAGCAAUAUAUUGAAGAACAGCAACGAUUGUACAAAGAGCAGCAACAUCAUCAUCAACAACAGCAAUUACAGCAACAAUUACAUCAUCAGCAACACCAGUCUCAGCAUCACGGCCACCAAUCUCAUCAUUCGCAGCAUCAGUCACAUCAUCAAAGCAAGUCGCAACAUCAUGCAACUGUAAAAGAAGAGCGAGAUAGAAGUAGGGAAAGUAAAGAUAAAAGUGGAAAUCUUGAUAAAAUGUCCAAUAGUGGCUUAAUAGUGGAACAUUCUAGUAAAAUUCAACAUUCCUCGAUGUCUUUAGUUUCCAAUAAAGAGCACGAAGUUCGAGAAAUCGAUAGCCGACCACCAUCCUUACCAGCUCAGGCGAGGUUAGAAUCUUCGAAUUCCGCUUCUGUCGCUGCUCUGAAAGAGAAACAAAACGAAAACCACCAAAUCUUAAAAGAAAAUAUUGAGCUUAAAUCUCAAAUGGAUGAUAAUAAAAAUAAAAUGAAUCAGUAUGCAAUGUUGUUCGAAAUGCAGAGAGAGGACAUGAGACGCUAUUACAUGUAUCAAGAUAGGGUAAUAGAACAACAGCAGCAAAAGCUGGAGCCAGGCAUCCAUCACCACACUCAUCAUCACCAAACCAUUCAACCUCACGGCCAUCUGCAAGCACCUUCAGCAUCAUAUUCAUCCUCCUCUUCGUUGAAACCACACAAAGAGGAUCAUUCUAGUUCCAUUCCCAGUCAUUCAAAAUCGAGUCAUUACGGGGAGAAUUCGAGAUCGUCCACUAUCUCGCCAGCAAAAUCCGAUCACGUGAAAAAUCCCCACUCAAAUUCUACUUCUAGUCCGAAAGGAAGCAUCAGAGACUCUUCGCUCGGCAGUUCUAAAGACUAUAUGAGUUCUGCGAGCAGCAGGGAGAACACUUCCAGCAAGAAAGACAGUCAAAGUAAGAGCUCGGAGAGAUCCGAGAGCUCAGGGAGAGAGGACAAGAAGGGUGAUAAGAUAAAAGUCGAGCCCAAAGUCGAGUCGGAGGGCCAGAAACCCACCAUGGAGACGACGGGACCUCCUCCACCCCCAACGAACUCUUAUGCUUACCUCCACCCAUCGUACCUUCAGCCAACCGCGACACACUUUCCUCAUAUGCCUUUCGAGCCGCCGCAUGCCAUGUAUCGCGGUGGAAUAAAUCCGAUGCUGGUAUCUUCACCUCAUUACGGUGGAUCCCCUUAUGUCCACCCUCAGAUAAGAUACGUGACUCCAGGAGCUUGCGAGUUGCCAGCACACUCCCAACCACCGGAAUCGCUCGGCAGCAAACUGCACCCUUCUGGUCCUCCCAAAGCAUUGGACUUGUUGCACCAGGUCUCCCAGCACUACACGACCACUCAUAAGAUCCACGAACUGCAGGAGCAUGCCAUGAUGUCCCCCACGCCCACGUCCACCCCCUCUUCGACCCCUUCGACGGUUUCGAGCUCGAGCAGUGGGAAGUCCUCGUCCUCGGAGCCUGCUGUUGCCGUUGCCAAGAUGGACGUCGGAGGAUCACGUGAUGCUUCUCGAUCCCCACCUACUCAGCGGCAUCUUCAUACUCAUCACCAUACUCACGUGGGAGUCACCUAUCCAAUUUAUGACCCCUAUGGAGUUACCGCCCAGAAAUCUUAUACCUGAGCAAAGAGAAUUGACUUUGUGGAAAAUUGACUGUUACUGAUUCGUUUAUCCAGGAUUGGCCGCAUUUGACCGAACUUUUCGUGCCUGAAUUUGCUUGAUCUCUCAGCGUGUACAUACUUAUGCAGGCACCGUACGUUGUGUAGAUUAUUUCUUCAGGAACAACUUGGACUAACUAGGCUUUGUGCUUCGCCGAUUUCCUCCACCAAAGAAAGUGAAAAAUUCACGCAGAAAUGAGAACCAUGUUUAAGGGUGUGAACUGUCGCAUCGUUUUUUGGCCUGUGAUACAACAAAAACUAUGGCACGGCUAUUGUGCUCGAUUGUUAUUUGAAAGUCUAAAAAGCGGAUGCUAGUCAUGUGUUGCAUAAAAAGAAAUUUCAUUAUCAAGUUUACGGAUUUUUUCAUAGCUCCAUUAAAGGCUUCAUGUUUUUGCCAACUGUAGGAACGUCAUUUUGUUGAAGUGAUAUGCAUUGUUCGUUGAAAUAUCUUCAUCGCUAAUUGACUCAGUAUGUAUAUGUGUAAUAAAGGCAAUAAAGUGAUUAUAAAAGUU